UUGCCCGCGCUCUCAGGUGAGCUUGACCCCGGGGGCCGCGCGCCGAGGCUCCACCGUACCCAGAGGCCAGCUGAGUCCCAGAACAUGGACACGUGUUUUCCCACCGAUCACUGUGAUGACAUCGGGCCCACCCAGAAAGUCCAGGAUACGUGCCUCAUCUCAGGAUCCUGAACCAAACCACGUUUCCAGAGGCCCUUUUGCUGUGCAAGGUAACGGACUCACCGGUUCUGCCGUUAGCACAUCUUCUGGGGGCCGUUACUCAGCCAGCCACAGCCAUGGUCAGGAAAUCUGCAGAACCACGAUCAGUGUGCAGAGUUCUCGGAGGACUUGAGUGCUUGUCUCACCUGACGCAUAUUAAAUUUGUGUGAAAAGAGAAAUUGGGGCCCACCCUGAAGAUCGUGUGCAGAAGGAGAGUGUCUGCAGAAUUAAGCCAGGGGAGGGAGUCCUCAGACCCCAGCUUGUUUGGGCAGCAGUAGAGUUAGCAAAAGAGAUCAUCUUGGGAGCCAGAGAGCCGGUGGGAGCUGUGCCUGAGGGUUUCGUGGUUCCAGCAGCUGCAGGCGUUGAGGCCCGGUCCUGGCCAUGGGCACUGUGUUCCUGCCGGGGCAGCCCUGCAACCAUGCACUCUGGUGCAUGACUGGAGAGAAACCCCAGCACCUGGAGAGCCACCAAGAAGAGGUGACACUGCUGGAAGCACUUACCCAGGUGAUUAAAGGCAAAGGCCUGCCUUCUGAGGACCUCUGCCCUCUUCACAACCACUUCUCCAGGUAUGAGGAGGAAAUGGAGCUGCAUUCUCAACAGAUCCCAACCCAUGGCCUUACAGUAACACCGGUGAUGUUUUGGCCACCUGUGAGCUUCAAGGAUGUGGCUGUGACCUUCACAUGGGAGGAGUGGGGACAGCUGGACCCAGCCCAGAGGACGCUGUACCGUGACGUGACUCUGGAGACCUGCAGCCACCUUGUUUCCCUGGGGCUUCUGCUCUCCAAACCAGACGUGAUCUGCCGCCUGGAGCAAGGAGAAGACCCGUGGAGGGUGCAGCGAGGACCUCCCCGAGACUGGAAGAUUACACUUGAAAAGAAAGAGGGUGUUGCUGUGGAAGAAUGCUCCCACCACGUGGAAGUGAAACACUGUGUGCAGACAGAGGGCCCCUGGCUGGUGUCAUUUGGAGCUGUGCAGCAGUGGAGGGACCAGCCAGGGCAGCACCAGGAGGACUCCCUGGAUCAAGUGCUCACCUCAGAAAGACUGUUUGCUCAAAGAGGGCGUUGUAAGCAUGACCUCAGGGGAAGUUGUCUGAGUUUAAGCCUUCUACCUCCCACAUUGCCCACAGGAACACAUUUCCAUAAGCUCAACUCACAUGUGAAACAGAACUCGGUUUUCAUGAAUCAUCAGAAAGACUGGGCUGAUCUGAAGUCCUAUGAAGAUGAUCAGAGGGCUAGAACCUUCUUUCAGAGCAUUUACUUAAAUAAACUUGCAAAUGCUGAAACAGGAAAUAAAAAACCUUAUGAACAUACUGUCAGUAGUGACUUGUUCGACUGUGGUACCUCCCUGUGUUUUCUUAACAGAAUUUUUUCAGCAGAGAACGUGGAUGAUGGUAAGGACUGUGGAAACAAUGUUAAUCGUAGCAUGUCUCUGAAUGGACGCAAGUCAGUGCCAUUUGGAGAAAGUCAGAAUGAGUGUGACAAGUGUCUUACACAAGCUAAAAUAAGAGAUCCUGGAGGGGCGCCAUUCAGAUGCAAGGAGGACUGUGAUACCUUCCACAUGGCCUCGUCUUUCACUGGCUGUGACAGCAUCCAGACUGGAAAGAAGCCAUAUGCAUGUAAUCAGUGUGGAAAGACUUUCCGCUGUUGCUCUAAGCUUGUUGUACACAAGAGAACACAUACCGGUGAAAAGCCCUAUGAAUGUUCUCAGUGUGGCAAGUCUUUCAGCCAGAGCUAUGACCUUGUCAUACACCAGAGAACUCACACUGGCGAAAAGCCCUAUGAGUGUAGCCAGUGUGGGAGAUCCUUCACCCAGAGUUCCAAACUUCUUAGGCAUCAGCGAACUCACACUGGAGAAAAACCAUAUAAGUGUCACGACUGUGGAAAGUCUUUCAGGUGGAACUCUAAUCUUACUGUACAUCAAAGAAUUCAUACUGGAGAGAAGCCUUAUGAGUGUGCUCACUGUGGAAGGUCCUUCAGCCAGAGCUCUGACUUUGUCGCACAUAAAAGGACUCACACUGGGGAGAAACCCUAUGAAUGUAACCAGUGUGGGAAAUCCUUCAUUCGAAGCACUCAGCUCAUUAGGCAUCUGCGAAUUCACACUGGGGAGAAGCCGUAUAAAUGCAGUCAGUGUGAUAAAGCCUUCACUGGGAGCUCUCACCUAAUUGAACAUCAGAGAACUCAUACUGGAGAGAAACCUUUCAAAUGUAAUCGGUGUGGGAAAGGCUUCACUGGGAGCUCUCACCUGCUUUCACAUCGGAGAAUUCAUUCUGGAGAGAAACCGUAUGAGUGUCACAACUGUGGCAAAGCUUUUCGGCAGCGAUCCCAGCUUGUUGUGCAUGAGCGAACACACACUGGAGAGAAACCUUAUGAAUGCAGUCAUUGUGGGAAGGCUUUCAGCCAGAGGUCUCCCCUCACUGUGCAUCAGAGAACGCAUGUUGGAGAGAAGCCCUAUCGGUGUAACGUGUGUGUUAAAGCCUUCAGCCAGAGGUCACGCCUUAUUGAACACCAGAGAACACAUACUGGAGAGAAGCCCUAUGAAUGCAUUGACUGUGGGAAAGCCUUCGGUGAUCGAUCGACUCUUACAAAACACGAGAGAACACACACUGGAGAAAAACCCUAUGAAUGUGAUCAUUGUGACCAGGCCUUCAGCCAGCGGUGCCAACUUACUCGGCAUCAGAGAAUUCAUACUGGAGAGAAGCCAUAUGAAUGUAAUGAAUGUGGGAAGGCUUUCAGUUACAGUACAUCCCUUAUUCAACAUGAGAAAACCCAUGGGAGAUAAGCCCUGUAGAUAAUCAGGAUGGAAAAGUUCAUGGCCAAACUUUCUUUACUAGAUAUCCGAUGACCAAGGUACAACUCAGUGUACUGUAAUGACCACAUGCAUCAGAAUUGCUUGGAGUGUGUGUGGAAACUGCACGUUGCCAAGCUUAUACUGGCCUUCCUUAAUCAGGAUCUCAAGCAUUAAAACCCAGGAGCCUACAGU